AUGGGCUUCUUGAGAUUGAUCGGGAUCGGGCUUGUCCUGCCCGCAGUGAUCAACGCGAUUGACCUGGACGUAUCUGAUCCGAACUCCAUUCGAAAUGCAGCCGGCACGAUUGCCCAUGGCGCAAUGUCGUAUUACAACGGCAACGUGACGGACAACAAGGAGAUGGUCGGAGACCUGCCCGAUCCGUACUACUGGUGGCAAGCCGGAGCGCUCUGGGGCGCCAUGCUGGAUUACUACCACUACACGGGCGACCCCUCGUACAACAAGGCCAUCAUCGAAGCGGUCCUCGCCCCCGUCAACAUGGGCCCGCAUCACGACUACAAUCCCCCGGAGCACUUCGACGAGCUCGGCAACGACGACCUCGGCUUCUGGGGCUUCGUCGUCAUGUCGGCCGCCGAGCGCAACUUCCCGCAGCCCAACCCCGACCUCCCCGCCUGGCUCGACCUCGGCAAGAACAUCUUCCGGACCCUGUCCUCCCGCUGGGACAACGAAAAGUGCGGCGGCGGCCUGUUCUGGCAGGUCUUCGAGUCGAACCCCAACGGCGUCAACUACAAGAACACCGUCACCAACGGCGGCCUCUUCCAGCUCGCCGCCCGCUUGGCCCGCGCCACGGGCGAACAGGUCUACAGCGACUGGGCAAAGCGCGUGUGGGACUGGUCCGUCGCCAGGGGGCUCAUCGGGAAGAAGCUCGUCGUCUACGACGGUGCCCACGCCAGCGAGGGCUGCAAGCGCGUGAACCACGUCGCCUUCACCUACACCGCCGGUAUCCACCUGCACGGCGCCGCCGUCAUGGCCGAGGUCACAGGCGAUAAGGCCUGGGAGGAGCGAGCGCAUGGGUUGCUGGGCGCUGCGGCGGAGCAUUUCUUCAAGGAUUCCAUCCUGUUUGAGCCUGCCUGCGAACCAUCCGACAUGUGCAAUCACGACAUGAAGUCCCUGAAAGGCUAUCUCGCCCGUUUCAUGUGGCAGUCCACCUAUCACGUGCCGUCUCUCACACCCAAAGUCAGAGAGCUGCUCGAGGCGUCUGCGCGAGCUGCCGCAAAGUCGUGUUCGGGAGGCAAAGAUAACAAGACGUGCGGUCAACGGUGGUAUACUGGCGGCUUCGACGGUUCAGUCGGGCUGGGGCAGCAGAUGUGCGCUCUCGAGACCAUCCAGGGCCUUCUCAUAGACCAGUCGCAGCCGCCUUUCCGUGGCGGCGAUAUCAAAGUGGUCCGAGACCUGAAUUGGAAAAGAGCAUGUCGCCGACUCAUGUCCGUUUUGAAGUCAACUCCAAAGUCUCCUGCCAUGCCCCCAAGUAUAGAUAGGGGCCACGUCUUGUGA